AUGCAAUCCGUCAAAAUACUCUCCUUCCCUCGGUAUACCUUUGAUCGCUUGCUCAUUGUCUGCGGCAGCUGUCCUGACCAGAACAGUGAUAUCUUGAUUGAUUUCGUCGAAGAAGCCAUGGCCGGACUCACUGCGCCCCAACUACAUGUGGUGGCCUAUGACUGUCAGAGUCCUGCGGUAAAUGCCAUGCUAGCAGGGCUGGCAGGUAUUACGGAGGAUUCAAUAUAUCAUUGCUAUACAGCUGACUCCGUAGCCGGAAUCUAUACCAGCGAUGAGAUUGUACGCCUUCUGGCAGAGUUAAAUCGCUGCCAGGUGAGCUAA